CCUUCUCACCUCACCACCCGUAUUGGCAGUGGAAGAUGGACGUCCCCUUCUCACCUCACCACCCGUAUUGGCAGUGGAAGAUGGACGUCCCCUUCUCACCUCACCACCCGUAUUGGCAGUGGAAGAUUGACGUCCCCUUCUCACUUCACCACCCGUAUUGGCAGUGGAAGAUGGACGUCCCCUUCCCACCUCACCACCCGUAUUGGCAGUGGAAGAUGGACUACUACCUCCUUGUACAGUUUAGGUACUUCGACAGGGAACUCUCAUCCUCCUUGGGGGUGUUUUCCUUCCUUGGCCUUAACAGACGGUACAGCUCACUUGUCUUGCCUGAUGACUAGUUCAUGUCUACCUGAUGACACAGCUCCAUGCCUGUGAACUCCCAAUACCAUGCUGUGGCCAUGCCAUGCUGUGCUGUGCCCCGCCGUGCCAUGCCCUGCUGUGCCCUGCUGGGUAGGCUCCCCUUUUAGAGUCUUGGGGUUAGGGAACAAGGGAUAGGGUACAAUGCCCCUUUUAGAGUCUUGGGGUUAGGGAACCAGGGAUAGGGUACAAUGCCCCUUUAAGAGUCUUGGGGUUAGGGAACCAGGGAUAGGGUACAAUGCUCCUUUUAGAGUCUUGGUGUUAGGGAACCAGGGAUAGAGUACAAUGCCACUUUUAGAGUCUUGGUGUUAGGGAACCAGGGAUAGGGUACAAUGCCCCUUUUAGAGUCUUGGGGUUAGGGAACCAGGGAUAGGGCACAAUGCC